AUGUUUACAUCUCCCGCUCCAGAGUUAAACUACACAGACCAAUAUGACGAUAUUUUCGAUUACUUCAACGAAUCUUGUGAAAUUCUUCCUGCCAACUACACUACUAGAAAACCAACAUUUUCCACCAUAGUUUAUUUGAUGUAUAGUACUAUUUUCUUCAUAGCACUGUUGGGAAAUGUGUUUGUUUGCUACAUAGUACUACAUUCACCUAGAAUGCGAACUGUUACGAACUAUUUUAUAAUGAACUUGGCUGUUGGAGAUAUUUUGAUUACGUUACUUUGCGUACCCUUUACCAGUGUACCUUUGAUGUUGCAGUAUUGGCCUUUUGGUUCCAUUAUGUGUCCGCUGGUUAAUUAUGUUAGUACUUUGAGUGUUUUUGUGAGCGCUUAUACAUUGGUCGCAAUCAGCAUAGACAAAUGGAUGCUGAUAAUGUACCCUUUAAAACCACGCAUAUCGAAACGUUUCGCCACUUACAUUAUUGCCGCCGUAUGGAUAUUUGCUGGGAUAACAGUCCUGCCUACUGGGGUAUUUAGUACAGUCCAACAACCUGAAGGACCCGACGGUGGGCUGAGCGUCUAUCAAAAAUGCAAUAAGUACAUUUGCAGAGAAGACUAUUCGUCGAUUGGAGAAGUAUACGAAACCACCUUUACUAUUGUCUUGAUGAUAUUGCAAUACAUCAUUCCAUUGAUUGUAUUAUUGUUUACUUAUACGAGUAUUGCGGCAGUGAUUUGGUGCCACAGGAUACCGGGGGAAGCUGAGAAUACUCGAGAUAAAAGGAUGGCAAGAUCUAAGAAGAAGAUGAUAAAAAUGAUGAUAACAGUCGUCCUGGUAUUCACGAUGUGCUGGUUACCUUACAAUCUUUUUAUGCUCUUCCAAAUACACAUCCCAGUACAGUUUUACCCGUACGUGUAUUUUCCGGUGCACGGAUUAGCAAUGUCCCACGCCUGCUACAAUCCCAUUAUUUACUGUUACAUGAACACGAGAUUUAGAGAUGGACUGUUUUUGAUUUUGAGGACUUUGCCUUGCUUCAAACGUUGCUACGUGAGAAAAUCCCACGGAUCGAUGUCUUAUGGGUUUCAACAUCAUGCAGGUAUCGAAGGCACUGACAGUACAACAUUGCAAAGGAACAACACAUUUACCACUUACAUUACAUUGAACAGGAAAAAUCGUUUGUCAACAUAUCAAAAUACUACAAGAAGUUCAUCGUUCAAUAGGAGCUUACAUAACGGCAAUGGUAACAAUCGGAAUAGGAAAUCUUUGAAUAAAGCUGUUGCCGAUGAACCAAUUUAA